AUGCAGACGAACCAGCCCUUUGGAAAUUUACUGCUCAAUCUUCCAGAGUAUUAUGAUUCUCCAACGCUAUCCGAUGGCACCAUAACAUGUGAUGGAAAAGAAUUUCGAAUCCAUAAGAUCGUGCUUUCUGCUCAAUCGAAGUUUUUCUUGAACGCUUUCGAGGGGAAGUGGAAGGAGUCUGUGGAGGGUACUAUUCCUCUAAACGAUGACGACGUCUCCGCUGUCGAAGCGAUGCUUCGAUUCUUGUACUCAUUUGACUAUGAUGCUGGCGGGGGUGCGACUGAUGUUGCUUCGCCGAUGGUAUUCAACAUCAAAGUGUACAGCACAGCAGACAAGUAUGAUAUUCCGGCGUUAAAGUCAGUCGCUAGCCAAAAGUUCAAGGCAUCAGUCAAAACCUGCUGGAACAUGGACGACUUCCCACACGCUGUUGCGGAAGCAUAUGGCUCUACCCCACCAAACGACCGAGAGCUCCGAAACCUGAUAGUCGAUGUCGCAUGCGAACACAUUACAGAGCUCCUACAGAAGCAAGGGUUUUGCGACGUUUUGGGAGAAACUAUUGGCUUCGCUUCAGAUCUGGUUCAGCUCCAGGCAAGCAAAAAAAGUGUGGCUAAAAAGUCGGACCAAACUAGGUACAGGUGUCCGAAUUGCUCUGAACAUUGGGAAACUGUUGGGUCUUCUGGAUCUGGGUACUACUGUCCCUAUUGUGGGAAUCAUCGCUCGAACUGGAGGUCAUAUAUUGUAGAUAACUAA